GUGAAUGAAACGGUAAAGCAAAAAUUAGAGAAGCUGAAAAGUUCAAGAACUUGCUCUACUUGGAUAAAAGUGAACGUUAAAAUAUAUUUUUAGUGCGUUAAAAAGUGAAAUAUGCCGAAAUUAGAAUACGAUUAAUAAAACUCAACCAAAAACAAUUGAACAAUAUUGUUCGGUUAGCAAAGGGAGGUGGCUACUAGAGUGUGUUGCGCUUUGGCCUGCUGGCACUUAUUUUUUUACCUGGCAAAUUGUGAAACUUGGCAGUUCGCAAAGGCGUUGCGAUUAUUGUUAAUUAAAAAGUACAUAAACCGAAAGCAGGUUAAUUUCAAUAAGAUUCAGUGAAGUAUUGCAACGUGUAUUGUGCAAUUGCGCAUAAAACAAAACGUGUGGUGCUCAGACAAGUGAAACAAAGUAAAUAUAAAUAUUAGGUAAAGAGGAAUAAGAGGUGCACGCGGAGCGGAGAUGCCCUUUUAUGGACUCUAUAUACCCGGAAAGGAAGCUGAUAUUCCACAUGUGUAUUGUAACAAGAGCGAAGCGCUGGAUGUGCUGAAAUUGCACAAGGAGGCACGUUUACGUGAAUUCAAUAAUGAAAAUGAUGCGAAUAAAUUUGCCAACACUGGGCAUGAAGUGGUGGCGCCACCGCGGCACGCCGAUGGCAAAUCAUCCAUUGCAAUGGAAAAGGCGGCAUUUCGUGGGCCUACCAAACAGGAACUUAUUGAAUUUCGAAAAAUUAUCGAGUCCGGCGAUUAUGAACGUGUGAAAAGCAUGAUUUGGGAUAAUCCACGUUAUUUGGUGAGCGCUGGUGAUACACCCACCACACUAAAGGAGGGAUAUCGUUAUAAUGCUAUGCACAUUUGUGCAAUAUCCGGCAAACCGCGUAUUGCUGAGUUGAUUUUGAAAACAGUAAGCGAUACAAAAUUUGUGGACUUGCUUACGGGAAAGAAGAACGACGAAAAAAUGUGCAAGGAAUUGUGUGUGAAUUUAUUGGACUACUAUUUGAAUAUACCAGAGAAGGGUCGCAGUGAGACGCCACUACAUUUCGCAGCGAAGACCGGUGCAUUUGAAAUGGUGGAGCUGUUGACUACUUUCCCAGAGUGCAAAAUGACUCCCAAUUCGGAGGGCUUAUACCCCAAAGAUAUCAUAUGUUCACGAGUUCCAAGUGCUACGCCAGAAUUAAAAAAGAAGAUUGAAGUAUUGCUCGAGGAACGUUUUUACGUGCCCGUUUUACGCUCCGUGGACAAUGCGGUACCGCCGAAAAUUGGACAACCGUUUUCUGCCAGCAAUCCACCGAAUCUCAACUGUGAUCCACUGAGCCCAGAGGUUAAAAUAGAAGCUUUAGCCGGUCCAAUGAAUAAGGACCAGGCCAACCAAUUCUGCCGUCGUUGGAAAACGCCACCACGUCUAGGUAGCAGCGCUGGCUUGUCGCCGGUUACUUAUAAUUUGUUUAUUUCGCCCGUUAAAACGCGCUGCGUUAAUGGCACUCCUUCUAAGACAUCACUCGCUAACAUCAGUAACGGCAGUCCUACGAUCAGCACACCACUCGCAAAAGCCAAUCGCCGCGCCUUGUUCAAUUCCACUCCACGUCGUGCGAGUUGUGAGGUAGUCAACGAAAAUGGCGUCGCCAAUGACACAUCUUCGAUAGCUGAUAAACAGAAUGGCAAUCAUAAGAAUCAUGAGGAAAGUGUCGAAACUAAAAAUACUACCUCGAAUUCCACAACAACAACAACAAUCGAACAAGAAAAGAACAAUAAUAGCCGUGAACAAUUAACCUCGCAGAGCACGGACAUCAAUAUUUUAAAGAAUUUAACAUCGCAAAAUACACCAGUGUUACAAAUGAAACGUGAACUAUUCUUCACCUAUCGCGAUCCUAAUCCUAGUACACCAGUCGAGCGCAAAGCGCCCGAAAUUAUUCAACCCGCUAAUACCUCUGUGCUCGACGAGCUGGAUAUUAGCGCCAUUGACGAAAAUAAUGAAAACCAGCCGUUGGACCAGCCGCAGCAGCAGCAAGCAAUCAAAUUGAAAGGCAGCAUGCUAAAGACAGCGCUGUGCCGCAAGAUGCCGCAAAUGAAAGAUAAUUUCAACACUUAUCGUGAUAAUAGUACGGCCUCCACACCAGACUCGGACUGUUGUAAUGAUUCGAUGCGCAGUUUGUUGUUGAACGAUCCCGUCCAUUACGACAGUCCGGGUUUCAAAGAGCGCCACAUCAAAAUCACAGAUACCGAAAAGGGCUUGGAAUUAAUUGGACGCGAAUUGGCAAAGGAGCAGAAUGUCGAAUGGCGCGAGUAUUGGGACUUCUUGAAUUCCUUCAUCAAUAUCGCUUCUGAGGACGGCUUGAACAAACUCGAAAACUACUUCGGCCAGCGACUCAAAGAUGAGGAGAUGACAAAGAAAACGGCGCAAGCAAUGGCGAAAUCGGCUGUAAUUUUAGACAGCGUUUGCAAUGCACUGGACAAAUUGCAUUUUCCGGAAAAUGGCAGUUUACAUGAUUUUCGUAAUGGUUUCAAUAAUGAUCGAACGCGCUACGCCAACAUGACUGGCACCGGUGAGGUCGCCACAACGGCGCCACAGUCCACAACCCCUUACACAUGUGUUGAGAAAUCGGUGCAAGUGUUCGCCAAACGCAUGACGAAGACCAUUAUACACAACAUGGAUAACAUGGUGUCCAUCAAUGACACACUUCUGUCUGAAUUGAAAAGACUGAAAUCGUUAAUAUGUAGUUUUAAGGAGGACACCCGAUUCCUAAAUGUCAAUUUCUCCAAAGUACAUUCGAGAAUUGGCAAUUUAAUUUCAAUUUAUUUGGCGAACUCACAAGAGGUCACGCCAGCUAUGAAAGUAAAACUUCAGGGUAUUAUCAAACACAUGCUUGCGCCCGGUGAGCGGCGUGAACACAUCGAAUGUGUUUGUUGGCGAAUACUUAACAUGUUGGAGUCUCCAACUGCUCAAAUACUGCCCGAACAACUUAAAACCGAGGAGAUGUGUUCGCACGAGUGGGAGAAGGAGCGUGAAUGCGAGUGCCAAUGGGAGACUAAUCUCAGUCGCAAAACAAGUCGACGAAAUCGUAUGGAGGCGCGUUAUCGCAGUCAUCAACAAGCUAGGCAACAUCAUCAGCAACAACAACAACAAGAUACACAGAAAUCGCAACAAACUAAUGCAGAUAAUGGCAUUGAAUGGCGUGAUCCUUUGCCAUGCACUGACGCAGAGACCGUCUCACUUAAUGCCAAUAAUGCCAAAGAACAGUGGCGCGAUCCCGUUGAUUACAAUGAAGGCGGCGAGCGGUGGCGCGAUGUUAAUAUACGCGACGAGUCGCCAGACAACGAUGUUUUUUGGUCCGAUUUUGGUGACACUGAUUCCGACAAUGAAGAGGAAGUGUGGGCCACGCCACCCGAAAGUCCAUCUCACUGGAGUCUAUUGGAUGAACCUGUGGUGGAAGCAUUCAAAAUAUUUAUUUAUGGAAAUGAACCGACGAAACGGGAUGUCGACGUACUGAAUGCCAUCAUGCAUAUCGAUAUCGAUACCACAAAAUAUGCCAAUAUUCACUCGUGGAAAACGGCUAUGCUACGCUUCCCGAAAGAGGAAAUGGAUGCUUUUCCAUCGCUAUCCAUUGUAAAGAAGUCACACUCGUUUACGUCAACGCGCACACCGACCCGCAAGGAAUUUCCACUAACGCCGUUCGCACAACGGCAGUCCAUAUCGAAAAGUGUUACCAGCACACCGCUCACAGCCAAGUUGACGGGAAGAUCGGCAUUUCCAACACAACCACAACAGCAUACAACAGCAAUCACCAAUCAACAGCGUGCACUGCCAACAACAGCGAAGCGGUUCUUUGCGCGUCAAACGCUCGCCAACCUCCUGGCACCAUUCCACGCCAACAACACACACUAACAACUGCUGUUCCAGUUUUCGUUUUACACUCGCUCAGUGCGUUCGUUUAUAUCGAAAUUUUGGCUGUUUUCAAAUUGAUUUCACUGCGAAUUUACUAGCUGCGGCAUCUUCAUGCGCAUUUUGUAAGCAUAGAAAUGCAUUUCGCGUUGGCUUAUUUUAUUAUUAUUAAUUUUGUAUAAGUUUUUUUAUUAUUUUUUUUUUUAUUGAAAUGUUCUUUGCAGUUACUCCAAUUAGUUACAAAAACAAAACAUGUUAAGUGUAUGAAUUUAAAAAAAAAAUUCUAAAAACGAAAUGUUCUCCUUAAUUACAUAAUUAUUAUUUAAUUACACUUACUAUGCUGUAUUUGAUUCGAACCGUGUUGCCACAUGAUUUUAUAGUAUUACACUGUUUAAAUAUUUAGCUGCCCAUUUAUACUUGUCUUUGAGAAACUUAAUGAACGUUACGCAGUUAAAGGCUGAUUUUUUAACUUAUAUACUAUACAUACAUACAUAUAUGAAUACAUUACUAUUAUAUAAUUGAAUUUAAUGCAGUGUCAACUAAUGGCUAAUCAAAUAUUGUUGCGUAAACUACUUUGUCCUUUAAUUGCAAUUCCGUCAAUACAAUGUAUGUGUGUGUGUGCAAGCAUCGCAUGUUGGGCUUGAUAAAAUAAUUAUUUGAAAAAUUAAAAUACUUAAUAAAAAUGUGUUUCUGUAUACAAAGCUA